AAUUUAAUUUGACUUAUUAGGGUUUACAAAACAACAAUAGAAGCUGAGCCUUAAAAUUCCCAAAAAUCAAUAUACGAUGUUACCUGAAGAAGACAAACCUAGCGACGAGAACGGAAUAAAAUCCGGCACCGGCGGCGACGUAUCUCAUUCUCCGGCAGGAAGUGGUAACAAAGAAGAACUGAUGACGAUGUCGAUGAAACCAGCAAAAAGGGAGGAUGAAGAUGACGUGGCAGAGGAUGACGACGACGAUGACGUGGCAGACGAAAGAAUAAAAAAGAAGAAAUCUUUUUCAUUUUUGUUGCAGGGGAAUGGGGGGAAUAGUAAUAGUAAUGAAGAAGAAGAUGAAUGUGGGACCGAAGAAGAACAAGCUUUGUUUAUAAAAGAACUUGAAGCUUUUCAUAAACAGAGGGGUUUGGAUUUUAGACCUCCUAAGUUUUAUGGAGAAUAUUUAAAUUUACUUAGGUUAUGGAGAUCGGUUAUAAGGCUCGGUGGCUACGAUUAUGUGACCUCAUGCAAGGUGUGGCGAACAAUAGGAGAUGCUUUUAAACCCCCGAAGACAUGUACUACUGUCUCAUGGACAUUCCGGUGUUUUUAUGAGAAGGCAUUGCUUGAAUACGAGAGAUAUAAGAUGAGCAUGGGGGAGCUGCCUUUUAAUGAUGCUUCUUGUGCAGAACCCGUUUCUAGUGAAAAACUGAUCAGUCAAAUUCAAACUACUGGAUCAGGAAGGGCCAGGCGAGAUGCAGCGGCUCGAGCAAUGCAGGGUUGGCAUUCUCAGCGUCUUCUUGGUAAUGGCGAGGUUGGGGAUCCAAUCAUCAAGGAUAAGACUUCAAGUUCAAUGAUGAAGAGAGACAAGCAAAGCAUUGGUUUACUGAAGCGUAAGAAGCCAUCUCCAGUUGAACGUGCUGUUAAAGUUGCACGCAUGAAAGCUUUAUUACCACAAUUGGACAACACGGUUGUGGAUGUUGGCCCCCCUGCUGAUUGGGUGAAGAUUAAUGUGCAGAGAACUAAGGAUUGCUUUGAGGUGUAUGCUUUGGUUCCUGGGCUUUUGCGUGAAGAGGUUCGGGUACAAUCUGAUCCAGCUGGUCGCCUGGUUAUAUCUGGUCAACCAGAGCAGCUUGACAAUCCUUGGGGUGUUUCUUCCUUUAAAAAGGUUGUGAGUCUGCCUUCAAGAAUUGAUCCUCAUCAAACCUCAGCUGUUGUAACUCUGCAUGGUCAAUUGUUCGUGAGGGUGCCGUUUGAGCAGUCAAGCCUUUAGAAUGACGUCAGUUUUUUCUUAAUCCCUUACAGAUUUAGAAAAUGUGCAGAAGGUUUUAGCAGUAGAAGUUGUAGCUGUGCAGUCUAUGUUUCUAGUACUAUAUUAGUGAGGUUUAAACUUAUAAAGCAUGAAAUUAUGUAGCUAUAUCUCAUACUUUUGUGGUUUUGUUGUAUCUGGCUUUGAAUGUGAUGCAAAAACUUGGUAGAGACCAUUACCAAACUCAAUACAUUCAGCCACAAACACUUUCUAACAUGAAUAGAAGAUUCCAAAACAAACAAGCAAAGAAACAUUUGGAACAA